UACACGCGUUUGUGUGUGUUGUCUCGUGUGUGUGCGUUUUCGCGUGCAUUAAAUUUCGUCACAGUGUCGUGUGUGCAUGUCUGACCGUCAUAGACCGAUCGGGCAGUGCGUGGGAGAAAGAUCGAGACGGGAUCCGCGGCGACUAGAGAUCGAACAGGAAACGAAAAGUGGGAAAGCCCAUAAAAGUCGUCUCCGGAGCUGCUGAUCUCGUCGCGUCCGGUUUGUGACCGGCAAAAAUCUAACGCGCGCGAGUGUGCAUACAUUAAUUUUUUUUUAUCUUAUAAAACACUAGUGUAAUUAUUUUUUUUUAUACCUAGAUUUUUAAUAUAAAUUUUAAGGAAAAAAUGAGUUGUUAAACUAUACGCCUGCGGUCCGUGCGCAUUGAUUUUUAUUACCUAUCGAUUGUCGCAAACGCCUUUACCGUAUCGUAACAACCGGAUACACGUGUGCACAAAGUCGUUUUUCCUUGUCGGUGUACUUAUUGUUUUUAUUUCCGGUAUAUAAUUUCAAUUUUCACCCGUCCAGCAGCUACACUACCAGCCGACAGAUCACUUGGCCUUUUUUUCUAACUAGCCAAGAUAUGACCGCCACUGAACGCUGUCCUGUAACCGGAUCGUACGUGUUGUAGACGCCACUGCAAAACGUCAUCUGUUCACCCUAAAGUUAUCUGCUUUAGUACCUACUUACUGGGACAACUACUACAGUCAUCGGACAGAUCUAUAAGAGAAAAUAACAAUAAUAAUAAUAAUAAUAAAAAAAAAAAAUGGCACAACUAGUCUUAAACUUUAUCGACAGUUACCACGACAUAAUGGACAACAAAAGUGAUCCUAGAGUAAACGGCUGGCCAAUGUUGUCUAGUCCAUUUCCGACGCUGUUUAUUUGUCUGUUCUAUGGUUAUUUCGCCAAAACGCUUGGGCCAAGACUGAUGGAAAACCGAAAACCUUUUCAACUUAGAAAAGUACUUAUAGUUUAUAAUGCAAUACAAACGAUGUUCAGUGCUUGGAUAUUCUAUGAAUAUAUGAUGAGCGGCUGGGGAGGAUCGUACAGUCUAAAAUGUCAACCGGUCGACUAUUCCUAUAGUCCUAUGGCCUUACGAAUGGCUCAAACGUGCUGGUGGUACUAUAUUUCUAAAUUCACCGAAUUUUUCGACACGUUAUUUUUCAUACUCAGGAAAAAGAACCAACAAGUGUCGACCUUGCAUGUCAUUCACCACGGAUGCAUGCCGAUGAGCGUCUGGAUGGGAAUGAAAUUUGCUCCCGGUGGCCACAGCACUUUCUUUGCGUUGCUCAACACGUUCGUACACAUCGUUAUGUACUUCUAUUAUAUGGUGUCGGCGAUGGGACCUAAAUAUCAAAAAUACAUUUGGUGGAAGAAGUACCUCACUUCAUUCCAAAUGCUGCAAUUUGUGUGCAUUUUCGUCCACCAGUUCCAACUCUUGUUCCGCGAAUGUAACUACCCAAAGAGUUUCAUGGUUUGGAUAGGCCUGCAUGGCGUCAUGUUUUUGUUCCUGUUCUCAGAUUUCUACAAAUCCAAAUACACCAGUGAUGGUAAACGGAGACCGGCGAACGACGGAGCUUGUAUGCCGGUGGAAGGAGCGAGUUAUAGCAAGUGUUCAUCUAACGAACACGACAACGUCGUGUACUAUUCGAACGGCAUCGUCAACGGUUUCAAAACGACUGAAGACGCCAAAACCAAAUAGUGAUGAGCCGAUACGAUUAAAC